AUGGAUUCGACACCUUCCUCAUUGCCAUUUGCCACGAGGGAUGGGUUGGCAGCAGUGGCUGGAUUGGUGGAGGGCGAUGGUGCUCUGUCGGUUGCCUCUGGGUUAGCUAAGGAGGCGGCUCUGCUCUUCCAGGCCGGGAAGUUUGUGGACUGUUCGAGAGUUUUGAUCGAGUUAUCUCGAAAGAAAGAGAACGAUCCCAAGGUGCGUCAUAAUAUUGCCAUUGCGGAGAACUUUCAAGAUGGUUGUUCGGAUCCUAAAAGGCUUAUUGAAGCACUUGAAAAUAUCCUGAAACAUAGUGAGGAGCUUGCUCAUACGUCUGGAGAACACUUGGAGAUUACUGACAAUGAUGGAAAGAAAGCAAUGGCUGGCAUGAAGGCACUUAAUAGUGCUGUGCUUCAUCUUUCUAGUUCAUCUGUUUUAUACAAUGACGAGUUUGACACCUCAGUUGCAAUGUUUAACUUGGCUGUUAUCUGGUUUCAUCUUCAUGACUAUGCCAAAUCAUUCUCAUAUUUGAACACAUUGUAUCAGAACAUUGAACCCAUUGAUGAGGGAACAGCCCUUCGUAUAUGUCUUUUGUUGCUGGAUGUUGCAUUACUCUUUCACCAUGCAUCAAGAUCUGCUGAUGUUAUAAGCUACAUGGAGAAAGUUUUUUGUGUCAAUAACUUGAUCAGUCAAGUAGAGAAUGGAACCUCAGCACAGCAACAAUCUUCUUUUGUUACAAAGUCUACUUCCCUACCUAGCCACUCGACUGCUACCGAUUCUUCUCAUCCUGACUUCGUUCCUGCAAAUACAUUGGAGAACUCUUUAGCCAGAACUUUGUCUGAGGAAGCACUUGAAGAUGAAUCAUUGCAGCUGCUAUCUUCUCUAGACAUCAGUGGGCAAAACCUUCAGAGACUUUCUGGAAUUGCAUGUUCCCAUGAUCUUUUGAAGAACCAAUCUGAGGACUCCUUAUCCAUCACUGACUUAAGGCUUAAGCUGCAUCUUUACAAGGUUCGCCUUUUGCUUCUCACACGGAAUCUGAAAGCAGCCAAGCGUGAAGUCAAGAUGGCUAUGAACUUAGCUCGUGGCAAGGAUUAUCCCCUGGCUCUUUACUUAAAAUCCCAGCUCGAAUAUGCCCGUAGGAACCAUCGCAAAGCAAUCAAGCUUCUGAUGGCAUCAAGCAAGCGCACGGAGACCGGAAUCUCUAGCAUGUACUACAACAAUCUCGGGUGUAUCUAUUACCAACUGGGGAAGUAUAACACAUCGGGUGUAUUCUUCUCCAAAGCACUAAAGAGCUGCUUGCUUGUGCGCAAAGAGAAACCUCUGAAACUUGUAAGUUUGUCGCAGGAUAAGUCCCUUCUGGUAUCGUAUAACUGUGGUAUGCACUCGUUGACCUGUGGCAGACCUUAUCAAGCUGCCCGCUGUUUUCAAAAGGCGAGCCUAAUUUUUUACAACAGACCCCUUCUGUGGUUAAGAAUCGCCGAGUGCUGUCUGAUGGCUCUGGAAAAGGGUCUGAUAACAUCGAACUCUUGUUCUCCCAGCAGACCUGAUAUCAGAGUUGACGUUAUUGGCAAGGGAAAAUGGAGGCAUCUUGCUGUGAGUUAUGGACACUUGUUGAGUGGGCAGUUGGAAUAUGUACGGAAGGAUGAGUCGGUUGUUGGUGAUGGGAAACAGCCCGAGCUCUCGAUAUCUCUUGCGUGGCAGUGCCUUGUCAAUGCUUUGUAUUUGUUGGAUUCUUUUGAUGCGAAGUCUGGCUCUGGUUCGCUACCUGGUACUGUGGAAAAUGAGUCCAGAGAAAUAAUGUUUCCAACAAACCACAAGAUUGUUGGGGGUGGUGACAAGGAACCUAAUGUAUCAUCUGGUCCAGGUCAAGUUAGUUUGAACGGUGUUGAUGUGAAAGAGCAGAAGUGUGCAAACAAUUCGAGCGCAUCACUGCAGAAUUCUGUAAUUGACUUCCAAAACCUUUGCAUGAAGGAGAACCACAUGAUGAAGCAAGCCGUGCUCGCUGAUUUGGCUUAUGUGGAGCUGGCGCUGGGAAAUCCAUCAGAAGCCCUAUUGACUGCAAAGUCUCUUUUGGAACUUCCCGAGUGUUCUAGAAUAUAUGUCUUUCUGGGGACAAUGUAUGCAGCCGAGUCUCUGUGCCUACUAAAUCAGCCCAAGGAAGCAGCUGAAUACUUGAUGAAGUAUGUUUCAAGUGGGAAUCAUGUUGAGCUACCUUACAGCCGAGAAGACUGUGAAAAGUGGAAAGUGGAAAAAAUGCUCGACAAUGAUGAUUCGCAAACUGGGCAGGUAGCUUCUCAUGCUGUCGUGUCACCUGAUGAGUCCCAGGGAUCAUGUGUGUUUUCUAGUCCUGAAGAGGCACGUGGAGUAUUGUUAGCGAACUAUGCUGCCAACUUUGCUUUGCUGGGAGACAUCGAGCGGGCUCAGCACUUUGUUAUGAUGGCAUUAUCAGAUAUACCUAAAAGUCCACAAGCUAUACUUACAGCAAUCUAUUUGGAUCUCAAGUCCGGCAAGACACAAGAAGCAAUUGAGAAGUUGAAACAGCAUGGUGCUGUAAGGUUUUUCCCGGGAAGUUCUAAGUUGAUUGGAUCUUGA